AACCCUAAAAAUGUGUCCCAGAUGCUCUUGAAGAUCGCGAGGACUCGCAUUUCCCUCGCGCGCUACACGAGGAGUUCCUUUUGCUCCAGUGCCGCGCACGAAAGAUCGGAAGCUCGGGAGGCUUCAAGGAAGCGAAUCAAGCUCCAGCGCCUCGAGGAGAAGUCGCGGCGGCGCAAAUUCCUGGCAGCUCUCAAAGACUGCAAGGAUCUCGGCAAGCUCGUCCAGCUCCACGCCGAGGCAGCGCAAACCGGCGAUGACACCAACGUUUUCGUGGCGAGCGCGCUCAUCGGCAGCUAUGCCAAGCUCGGCAGCGUGGCGGACGCUCGCAAAGUCUUUGACAAGCUCCCACAGCCCGACCUUGUGUCGUGGACGGCGCUCCUGGCCGGGUACGCUGACCGCGGUGAUGCGCAAGAGGUUUUACGUUUGUUCCUGCGAAUGCAGGCUCAGGGAUGCGUGCCGGAUGCCCGAGCUUUCGUGCUCGCGGCCAAAGCUUGCGGUGCGCUAGCGUCGAGCGAGCAAGGCACGCAGCUUGGAGGUGGCAAGGCCGUGAAAGCUGUAGCUCUGGAGCAAGGAAUGGCGAUCCACGCUCAAGCCGAGAGCGCUGGCUGUGAGAAGGAGCUCUUCGUUGGAAGCAUGUUAGUCGACAUGUACACGAAGUGUGGGAGCACUCUGGAUGCUCGACGGGUUUUCGACAGGAUGGAGGGACACGACGUGGUUUCAUGGACUGCUCUCGUGCUUGGCUAUGCCGAGAGUGGUGAAGCGGAGAUGGCACUGGAAGUUUUCUCGCGGGCUCAGCGGAGACAAGGCUGCGAACCGAAUGCUCGGACGUUUCUAGCAGUGAUCAAGGCUUGCUCUAGCUUGGCUGCGAAGGAAGAAGGGACACAGUUCGAGGGGAGGCUCGUCAAGUUGAAGACUCUCAAGAGGGGCAUGGCUCUUCAUUCCCAAGCUCUCUGCAGUGGCUGCUGCGAGUUCGAUGCUUUCGUCGCGAGUACGGUGGUGGACAUGUAUGGGAAGUGUGGGAGCUUGGUGGACGCAAGGAUGACUUUCGACAGGACUCCAUUUCUCGACGUUGUUCUGUGGAACGCUUUGAUGCGGGCUUGCGCGGAAAACAACGAGGAGCGCUUGACGCUCGAGCUCCUGCGGUGCAUGAGGAGCGGAGGUCCAUCUCCGGACGAGCAGAGCUUUGCGGUCGGUCUCGGCGCAUGCAGCAGCACCGCAGCACUGGAAACUGGCAAGGCGAUCCACUCGGAGAUUUGCAGAGAUGGUGUGGAGAGCGACGCGGUUGUAGCAAACUGUCUGCUGGAUUUCUACGCCAAGUGUGGGAACAUGGUGGACGCUCAUCGGAUUCUCGAGGCAAACCACAGGAGGACCGCGACAUGGACGUCGCUCAUCGCAGGAUACAGCCGCCAAGGCGACUCCAAACAGGUGUUCGAGCUCUUCCACGCUAUGGAGGACGAAGGCCUGGAGAUCGACUGCGUCACUCUCGUCUGUGUCCUCACCGCUUGCAGCCACGCCGGCCGCGUCGAGCAAGGCAAGAAGCUGUUCCAGGAGAUGAGCUCCAAGCAUGGGAUCACUCCAGGGGAGGAGCACUACGUGUGCAUGGUCGAUAUGCUGGGCCGAGCGAAUCGACUGGACGAAGCAGUGGGCUUGCUCGAGAGGAUGCCGCACAGGCCGAGCUCGGUAGCGUGGAGGGCAGUGCUGGCGGCCUGCAAGAAGUGGAAGAAUGUGGGCUUGGGAAAGGUGGCUUUUGAGUCAUUGCUGGAGCUCGGAGAGCGUGAUCCGGCAACUUACGACUUGAUGGCAAGCAUAUAUGGGAGUUCAUCAUCAUCAUCAUCAACCAAAGAGACAACGAGAUCUCCAUGAAAAAGAGGUAUGGCGGAGGCUGUGAUCGUAGGCGCCUUGGCUCCCGGUGUCAAUAGACCAACAUGGACGGCUUUUAGAAACGUGAUGAUCUCCUUGUCCGUGGUUCUAGCCGUGCAGCUUGCAAUCGCAGUGCAGUGGAGCAGUAACGAGCUGCUGCUCCAUGUCUGCUGCCUCACAGCUCUCGCAGCAACGCUCUUCCUUCUCCUCAAAUGGUUUGUCUCCGAGACUGGACUGGUUACUGUCCAGCAGCAAAUGGACGAGCUCGGAGCUCUCAACAACAAGGCACAGUGAGAGCUUGGUUACGUUGGCCGGUUCAAGCUUCUCGGUUAGGAGAUAAGCACGAGUGGAUAGACAAAAGGGGUGGGAGGC